AAUAUCCACUCAGCCAGAGAAAAAAAAAAGAAAAAGAAAAAGAAACAACAAAAGAAAACACAUACCUUCAGGAAAGAGAUCUCCAUCUUCUCUUCAAUCUUUCAAGAAAUAUGAUGUGCGAACAGGCCACAGGCGACAGUAAUUAUGCUGCUAUUGAAUCGGUUCGCAGGCACUUACUGGAAGGAGGAGAAUCGAUCAUGUCAUCUUUUAGUAGUAAUAUUAGUAAUACGACUCCUGCUGUUGCUACUACUGGUCCAAAACCAGUGUAUUGCAGGAGCUCAAGCUUUAGCAGCUUGUACCCUUGUCUUUCAGAAAAUUGGGGUGAUUUACCUCUCAAAGCCGACGAUUAUGAAGAUAUGCUUCUUUACGGUGUCCUCCGCGACGCUCUCACCGUUGGCUGGGUCCCACAAGACAAUUUUCCCCUUGUCAAAUCAGAACCACUAGACAAUUUCCCUCUCUCUUCUCUUCCUCUUCCUCCGCCGAUGCCCGAGGAGAUUUUUACACCUCCUCCGGUGGUAACUGCUCAACCGUCUCCGCCGGUGGCUUCUCCGGCCGUGGCGAAAGGGAAGCAUUAUAGAGGAGUUAGGCAGAGGCCGUGGGGGAAGUUUGCGGCGGAGAUUCGUGAUCCGGCGAAGAACGGAGCGAGGGUUUGGUUAGGAACAUUCGAGACGGCUGAAGAUGCGGCUUUGGCUUAUGAUAGAGCGGCUUAUAGAAUGCGUGGGUCCAGAGCUUUAUUGAAUUUUCCUUUGAGAGUUAAUAAUGGUGAGCCUGACCCUGUGAGAGUCACUUCCAAAAGGUCCUCACCCGAACCCUCUUCUUCUUCUUCGGAGAGUGGCUCGCCCAAGCGGCGAAAGAAGGCCGCUGUUUCAGUCAAGGCUCAAGCUGGAGUGCAAUUGGGGAAUGUUGCUAGAUGCCAACAAGUGGCUAAUGGCACACAUGGUGAGCAGCAAUUGGUUAGCCAAUAACAAUGCAAGUUAAAAAAGAAAAGUUUUGAAGUUAUUGAGGGAGGGAAAAUGUCAAAAAAAAAAAAAAAAAAGAAAGGAAAGAGAGUUUUAAUUUGGUUUGUGAAUAUAUAAGAUUUGGUGUUUGUUUAAUGGGUUUGUCCUUUUCCUGAAUGCAAAUAGUUUAUUCUUUAUCUUGGGUA